AUUUUGGCCUUGGGUUAUAACAUGUCUUCUAAAAAACUUCUUUAUGGUGUAUUGGGGGUUGGAGCCCUCAUUGGAGCCGGUAUCGGCCUGUAUUAUCUCCUAAAAGAUGAUGAAGACAAACUGCGGUAUGACCCAAAGAUCCAUACAAAAGAGAAACUGCUCAGCCUUUUUCAAGAAUUUGAGGUAGAAUAUGCUGAUUUGUUCCUUCACUGGUACUCUAUGCUGGCUGCAAAGGAGAAACAAGUCGGCAAAGGUAACAUCGAUGUUAUCGCGAUGGAAAGAUUUAAAGAUCAAAUUACUCAGCUUACCGAGCAAGUAGACGAGGAAAUUCUGUCCCGGAAUAACAUCAAUGCCGCCAUCUUUGACAAGAUGAUAGAAGCCAACAAGCAGGACUCAGCAGUGAUAGGCUUUAAAGAUCGCAUGAACCGCAAUUAUAACAGACUGAUUACUGUCCAGAAGCCGCGGUUUGAUUUUGAUUUCCCCAAAGAGAUUACUAAAGAAGAAUAUUUUAUAUAUCUGAAGUUAGCUUAUGCAAAAUUUAGAUAUGAGGUUUAUAACAAAGUGCAAGCUAUUCUUAGCCAAACUGGUCAGAUCCUUAUUGCCCAAGACCAGUACGAAGAAGUCGUCGAAAGUGUCUCUCUAUCUAAUAUUAAAGAGCUAGCCUAUAAGAAAUGUGGAUUCCCUGCUAUAAAAGGUGAGGAGGUUGAAAAGACAGUGAUGAAGGCGUAUUUAGUUCACGUACAAACUGAUGAGUCUUUGAGGAAAAAGAUCUCAGCUCUACAAAAAUUCCACCAGGAGUUGAUACUCCAGAUCCCUCAAGGAAAGAUGAUUCAAGGGGUUGACAGAGAUCCUCUUGAGGUAUUUAAUAAGGAAGCGGAGUAUGAAAAGCUAUUUGUGAAAAAUAAAAGCAUUACUGAUAUCACUUAUGCAACACUAGAGAGUCAAAAAUCUCUAAAUACUUCAGAAGAAUCUAAGAAAAAUAAUGGAUCUUUUUCUUUCCUUGGAACUAAGAAGGAGCAGCAGAUGCUCGUCCAGGAGUUCCUAAACAGAAAGAAGUUCACCCCUGAGGAGAUUAAGGAAGAACUUGAAGGGCUUGAUGAGGAGAAGAUUGCUGAAAUUUUGAAGAGGUCACAAGACAACAAAGAUUUCCCUAUAAUUGAAGAAGAAGGAGACCAUAAUUCCCAGCAUGAUGAGGUAGAAAAUGAUGAUGUUAUUGCCGAAUCUGUAGAAAUGCGGAACUCUUUUUAGUCACUUUGUCAUAUAAAACCCUCUCAUUUACAUACUUGUGUUUAA